CCACCAUAGACACAGGUACGGCUCCCUUCCUCUCUUAUCGCACACCUAAGCGUGGAAGGACACGGACAAUAUGCUUCAGCAAACUUUGCGUCUCUCUAUCCUUCUUGCCCUGCUUGGAAUAUGUUCUGCACAAGACAUACCAGUUAUGUCUGGAGUAUUCAUGCCGAGCAACAUCACUGGGGAUUAUUUCCAGGCCAAAGCCGUCUGUGCCAUGCACCACAGCCGACUGGCGACUAUGGAAGAAAUUACUAGGGCCUACAAAAACGGAUAUGAGUACUGCAAGUGGGGCUGGAUAGAUGAUCAUCGGCAGGUCAUGCUGCGGCUGACCCCCUUCCUUCCCUGCGCUGGCUACAGCAUGGGAAUAUUGAUAAAAGACUGUCCGAGCAUACGCUCAGCUUUCUGUGUCAGUGGAUCAGGUUCAGAAGAAAAUGUCACUGUUAUAGGAGUGGACCGAGUCCCUUCAUAUGAGAAUGCCACCCGGGCCUGUCAGGAUGCCGGCCUAGUAAUAGCCUCCAAGCAGCAAGUGGAAAACGACAUCACAAACAUAGCGGACCCCAGGUAUGCCACCCAGAUAUUGGCUCCUCCCAUCUUCUCUAUGAAGGAGGAAACUAUCAGCGAUGCCGCCCACAGCGGCCACGCCUGGUACAAUGGCGGAGUCGGUGAGAUCCGGAAUGGAAAGCUUGUGUCAGACGUCUGCUAUGAUACUACAAGCCAAGCGUCCGCCUUCUGCUACAAUCCGUCCUUGCCGGAUUUCAUCAUCAACAAUGAUAACAAAACCUGGAAGAAAAUCGUCAUGGGGUGCCUGCUGGCUCUGAUUUUUAUCGUGUUGCUGUUUGCGGCUGCCUUCAUGAAGGGGAACAAGUUUAUGUGCUGCAUGGGGGAGCGCAAGAGCCAACCUCCGGUUGUCCCACAAGGUCAAAUGCCCUCCUGGAACAAUACGGGCAACUAUCGACGCAUUAGCCAAGGCAACAAGGGAGCGCUCUACGACAACUCCGCCCACGUAGAGAGGCGACCUUCUACCAUUCGCCCAGGAUUGAACCUCUACAAGACCCACUACACCAACAUGGCCUUUGAUACUACUGGAGAACAAUGAGGGAGGUCAAUGAACGUCCUACGAGGG